AUGUUUAUUGUGUUUCUUCUUCUCAUUGACAUCUAUACGACACAUUGUCAAACAACAACAGCACCAAAUCCUAUUUAUGGUUGUUCAUUUUUAAAUAAUACAUAUUCGACAAACGCUGCAGUUUCUAAUCAAUUCCAAUUUCCUAAUCGUACUUCAAUUAUUUUUACGGCUAGUUACACAUUUUUAUCAUCACCAUUAUCAAUAUCAACAUUUGAACUUGGUCUAAUUUAUCCAUUUUCGACAUUAACUUAUCUUGUACCUUUUCCUGUUUUGUUUGAUUGUGCAUCUAUUGUUCGUUCUUGUCAAUUGCAAACAAUGGCAGUUACCGCAUCAAUAUCACGCGAUUCAGAACCUAUACGUGCACAAUUAACACAAUUUAAUUAUACAUCAACAUCAAUUCCAUUGAAUCAAAUGGGUUUAUAUUUAAGAGAAGGACAAUAUAAAUUAAGUAAUUGUUCAUUAAAUGAUGGACAAUACAUCACUGAACCAAAUACAAUAUUUAAUAUUCAAAUACAAUAUGAAAAAUCUGUUGGUACUUCUUGUAAUCCAUCGACUGAUACCUGUGGUUUAUCACCUCUUACAACUUGUUCACCAUCAUCAUCAACAUGUACGUGUCUUUCAACAAGUUCUGUUGUAUCUUAUUCGGAUUCGUUCUAUUGUGCUGAUACAAUGAAUGCAAGUAAUUGUCGUAUAUUUCCAACACGUUGUGUAACAUGGUGUAAUUCAACAACAAAUAAUUUAUGUAUUUGUCCGAUAAAUACAUUAAAAAUUCAACGAAAUAAUUUAUAUGUUUGUGAAUUACCUGUAAAUUCAUUUAACUGUUUAACUAAUGAUACUAUACGUCGUUGUCCACUUGGACAAAUUUGUCUAAAUGGACAAUGUACUGAUGAUAUAAUAACAACAACAACAACGACAAUAUUAACAACAACGCAAGCAAACGGUUCCAAUAAUUCAAUUGAUCAACGUCUUCGUAUAGCUCUUGGUGUUAUUGCUGGUCUACUUGGUACAUCUGUACUUGUUCUAUUAGGAGUAUUUUGUUGGUUACGUCUAAGACAAAGACGACGUCGAAUACAAGCAGCAAAAUCACCAUCACCAUUAUCAUCUUCGUCAACAUCAUCACUUUAUAUUUCACCUAUUCAACAGCAAGAUCAACAACAACAAGAAUUUUCUCCAAUCAAUACAAUUUAUCAAUUACCAUUUGAUAAUAAUUAUAAAAGAUUUACGCCUAUUUAUCGAACUGACUCAUUUCGUCAAGCUGUUCUUUCAGGUCAUAGACGAACAAGUCAAACUAUUGAACAUAUAUCAGCAAAACGAGAUAGUUUUAUUGAACGAUCAUCAUUUCAUAAAGAUGGUAUAGGAUCACCUAUUUAUAGUACAUUAGAAUUUAUUGUUCCACCCGAAACAAAAAAUUAUCGAAAUUCAAACAAAAUAAAUAAUGAUAUUUAUCAAAUUAUUAUUCCAUCAUCAUCAUCAACAAUUCUUACUCAUUCUGUAUAA